CAAAAUGAAUCCUUUUGGCAUUCAAGAAUAUCCCGAUUACCCAAUAUCUGGGGCAAUGCGAUACGAAUUUUCACCCUACGAGUCAAAUGGCGGUUCGAUUGUUGGCAUUGCCGGUGACGACUUCGCAGUGAUUGCCGGAGACACGCGUCUGAGCAGCGGCUAUAACAUCCAUUCCAGCACUCAAAGCAAACUAUUCCAGCUUGCGCCGCUGACAGUGCUUGCCUCCACGGGCUGCUGGUGCGACACCCUGUCGCUGAUAGGCCUGAUGAAGGUGCGCUUGCAGAUGUACGAGAACACCCACCUGAAGGUCAUGACCACCGAUGCAGUGGCCCAAUUGCUCUCCAUUACCAUGUACAACCGUCGCUUCUUUCCCUACUAUGUGAGCAACAUAUUGGCCGGCAUCGACAAGGAGGGCAAGGGCGUCAUCUACUCCUAUGACCCCAUCGGUCACUGCGAGCGCACGACCUAUCGAGCUGGCGGCACGGCCGGACCUUUGUUGCAGCCCGUGCUGGACAGUCAGAUUGGCUUCAAAAAUAUGGAUUCGACUGAGACCCAGAUGCCGAAACUAACGAAGGAGCGAGCUGUGAGCAUCGCCUCCGACACUUUCAUAUCGGCCACUGAGCGCGACAUCUACACUGGCGACUCCGUGCUGAUCAACAUUAUUACCAAGGAUGGUGUUGAGGUCAAGCAAAUGAAAUUGCGCAAGGACUAGUUGCCUGCAUAAUUUUUUGCUUAUUUAUAAAUAGAAUAAAACUCGGUUCUUCAUUGAAUGCUUGAUUUAA